AUGAAUAAAGAAAUUACGGAUGCUGAUAUUGAAGAAUUAGAAAAUAUGUUAUCAUUCAAGAAGGUUCCGUCAACUAAUCGUGAUACAUGUAUUUUUAAAGCUGCACAAGAUAUUUUACAAAAUUCUAUAAGUAUUAUAUCUAUGUUAUCUCUUGAAUCAACCAUUAAACUGGAUGCUGCAAAUUAUCUUGUAGAAGAUUGUUUACUCAUAUUUAAAGAAAAUCUAUUUAAAGAUGAAGACUUUAUGGACACAGAAGGUUUUGUGAAAUAUGUACCUGAAGACUUAAAUUUAGCCUUUUGUGGUCGUCUGGCACACUAUAAUAUAACAUUGGAAUCAUAUUUAAAUAGUAUUAUUAUUCCUGAUAUUUGGAGAACUCGUUUGUCUGCAGACGGCAUCAUGUUUCUCUGUACUAUGACUUUCUAUAGAAAACUCUUAAAUUUAUCAUGUUAUGCAUCAUCAAAUGAAGCCCCAUUUCAAGUAGUCGAUCAUGACAAUAAUAAAGAGAAAAAAGAAAACUCAUUAAUUACAUUUACACAGUUUUCAAGUCAACAAUCAUCAAACUGUUAG